AUGACUUUGGUGGACAUUCCCACUGUGAAUAUUUGCAUUUUUGAACAUUACCUGAAUGGCACCAUGAAUUCAAACAAUUUGAAAUCACAGAGCCUUGCAGAAACUGGAGAAGGGCAGGACUGGGAAGAGGCCCAGAGAGAAGCAAACGUGCAUGGCCCCAACAUCCUUCACCUCAUGGCUUACUCUCUGAGAGAGCAGGGUGCUAAGUAUGAGGCCUGGCUGCUGCUACCUUUCUUCAAGAGAGGUACACUGUGGAAUGAAAUAGAAAGGCUGAAGGACCAAGGCAAUUUCCUGACUGAGGAUCAAAUCCUUCGGCUGACCUUGGGUAUCUGCAGAGGCUUGGAGGCCAUUCAUGCCAAAGGUUACGUUCACAGGGACCUGAUGCCCACCAAUAUUUUGCUUGGAGAUGAGGAGCAGCCAGUUUUAAUGGACUUAGGUUCUAUGAAUCAAGCAUGUAUUCAUGUGGAGAGCUCCCGACAGGCCCUAGCGCUGCAAAACUGGGCAGCACAGAGGUGCACCAUCUCCUACCGGGCCCCAGAACUCUUCUCUGUGCAGAGCUACUGUGUCAUUGAUGAGCGGACUGAUGUGUGGUCUCUAGGUUGUGUGCUUUCUGCCAUGAUGUUUGGGGAAGGCCCUUAUGACAUGGUGUUCCAGAAGGGUGGCAGUGUGGCUCUUGCUCUUCAGAACCAACUCAACAUCCCACAAAGUCGCAGGCAUUCUUCAGCCCUGCAGUAGCUGCUAACCUCCAUGAUGACUGUGGACCCCCAACAACGCCCUCACGUUCCUCUUCUCCUCAGUCAGUUGGAGGUACUGCCGCCUCCAACUCUUGACCACUCAAAUAUGAACAUAUCAGUGGCCAUGUGGAGAGGGUGGCCCCUUGUGAUUUGGAAAGAGGCUCUCAUGAUCAUGGGAACUCUGUCAUUUCUACUAGGACUGCUCUUACAGAGGACAGGGGUGGGGACCACGCUAUCUCAAUCCCAUGUCUGUUCUGGGCAAGGGGCUGACUCUGGGUGGGGUGGGGUGAGGAAAGUGGAACAAAGUACCAUCUCACUCGAUGAUGAGUCAGCCUGUGCUUUGAUCUUCCUACCUGGGCUUUCUCAUGUCACUGUAAUGACAGGAAUGUGCCACUGUGCCAGCUGUUAUGCUUCCCCCGCUUCUGGGCAGAGCUUUCAAAGACAUUAUCAUCUCCCACAACUGGAACGGCUCCAGAAACGUAAGGUCUUCCAGAAGUCAUCAGAUGAUGAUGAUGACCGCUUGGGGUGGCCUGACCAGGAGCAAAUAUCAACAUUCAAAGACAAUGUUGUUGCAAUUUCCUGCUUGGAAGGCUUCACAUUCCUGAGCACUCAACACAUGCUGGGAGCUGGCUGCGAAGCAGCACCUGGCCCAGUCAAGCAGAGCAAAGCCUUCCUGGUGACCGCUGGGGAAGAGGCCAGCGCUUUAGGACUUCAUUUCAGAGGCAGUCUGCGAACAAGAUGGUGA